AGUAUACGUAGAACACAUGGCAGCAUUGGCAGAAUCGAAAGUUUUGGAAAGAGAAGAAAUCGGUCGCUAUGGGAGACAACUGAUACUACCAGAAUGGGGAGUGCAGGGUCAACUGAAGAUGAAAUCUGCUUCUGUUUUGAUAGUAGGAGCUGGAGGGCUGGGCUGUCCUGCUGCUCAGUACCUUGCUGCAGCAGGAAUAGGACAUCUUGGUGUUGUUGAUUACGAUAGUGUUGAAGUUAGCAACCUUCAUCGUCAGAUAUUACAUACUGAGGGAAGAGUGGGUGUAACUAAAGUGAGCUCCGCCCAGGAAUCUAUUCAAAGUUUAAAUUCAAAAGUUAAAGUGACUCCUCAUCAUUUAGUUUUGAACAGCACCAAUGCACUUAACAUCAUUAAAGAUUAUGAUGUAAUUUUAGAUGCAAGUGAUAAUGUGGCUACAAGAUAUUUAUUGAACGACUCUUGUGUUCUAUUAAAGAAGCCACUAGUCUCUGGAAGUGCACUAAGAUUCGAAGGUCAGCUAACAGUUUAUAACUAUAAAGGAGGACCAUGUUACCGUUGUCUGUUCCCUUGCCCCCCUCCUCCUCACUGUGUCACCAACUGCUCUGAAGGAGGCGUGGUUGGUGUAGUUCCUGGUGUAAUUGGGUCAUUACAAGCUUUGGAAGCAAUGAAAAUUAUAACUGACAUUGGAGAUUCAAUGAUUUCAAAAUUAUUAUUAUUUGACGGGUUUUCUGGUACAUUUAGGCACAUCAAGCUAAGAGAGCGUAACCCAGAGUGUUCAAUAUGUGGGGAUGACCCUAUAAUUAAGGAACUAAUUGAUUAUGAGCAGUUCUGUGGCUCUAAACCUAAUGACAAAGAGAGACAAAAAGAACUACUUACUGAGAAUCAGAGGAUAUCUUGUGCAGAUUACAAGGCUUUGCUUGAUGAGGGUGUUCCUCAUUUGCUACUUGACGUGAGGGAACCAGUAGAGUAUGACAUAUGUCACCUCCCACACUCACAUAAUAUUCCUUUGUCACAGCUGCAAAAAUCAAAAGACAUUUUGUCACUAUUAAAUACCCCAUUGUCUGAUGACAAUAAGAGAGUUUUUGUCAUAUGUCGUCGUGGGAAUGACUCUCAAGUUGCUGUCCACUUGCUAGAAGAGUCAGUAUCCAAUCUUCAGCUGUCUGUCUCUGACAUUAAAGGUGGACUAACUGAAUGGAGUCAUAGCAUUGACAAAAAUUUCCCUCUUUAUUAGCAAUUAUUAUUCAUCUAUUUUGAAUUAUUGUAAUAGUAUUCAUGAGCAUUAAUUUGCUAAUUAAUUGAUUAAAGUA